GGAAGUUCUUGUGGUUUAUUGAUUAUUGGUGGUUAUUACCUUAUCAGACAAAUCAACCAUGGCUUCUACUUCUUCUGCAGUCCAGGCCUUUCUCCGGAAACAUCCACUACAGCGGAUACACAGUCCAUCCCGCGGUUUCUCUGCCUUGGUUCAUAUAUUAGGGCUUUCCAGCUUCGUAUGGUCUUUUAAAUAUAUGCAUGAAAAUCCCAACCACGCCAAUGAGGCAUAUGGCUGGCAUUUCCAGUACCUGACGGUCAUCGGGUUAUCCCUGUCCACGCUCACCUUCGCGGUUGGUCUGCUGGCGGACGUGACCUUAUCCUCCCGGCUAUUCUUGGUUAAGAACCUCCUGUCGAUAUGCAGUGCACCUUUAGAAGUUUUAAUCAGCAUUCUGUAUUGGGGUCUCCGCGUGAUCGAUGAACGUUUGGUGAUACCUGAUUGGGUUGUCAUUCCUUUGAACGCAGACAUUAGUUUCCAUGCCAUCCCAUCCAUUGUCCUUCUGAUCGACCUCUUCCUGCUUUCCCCACCAUGGACGAUUAGUAUCCUCCCCGCCCUCGGCUUGUCCAGCACCAUUGCCUUUGGGUACUGGUUCUGGAUCGAACGUUGCUUCUCGUAUAAUGGAUGGUACCCUUAUCCAAUCUUCGAGCAACUUCCUUUUGAAGGCCGCAUCGGACUGUUUGCCCUCAGUGCUGCCGUGAUGGCUCUGAGUACCGGCACCCUGAAGUGGCUCUACGGCCGCGUGAAUGGUUAUGGGACCCAUUCUAAGCCGCAUUCUCGCCCCGGCGCUAUCUCUCAGAAUGGUAGCCUUUAAACCGUGCGAUCUUUCUAAUCAGCUUUAGAACUUAUCAUCUUCAGCAUCUUCAGCGAAUGCCAUUAGCAACAGAGCUCUAGAGUCUGUCUCGAUGAAUAUAGAGCAUUUGCACUUAUAUGUCGAUAGAUUAUUAUACAUGUCGUUUUACAAGUGGGCCGGAGAGGACACUGGAGGACUAGAACAGUUCGAGAGUUAAUGAUGUUAUUCCCCUCAGCACACCAACCUCGGGUUUCCCCGCAUUUUGUAUAACCGAGACUCUAAAUAACUAGUUAUAUAAAUAAACUUUAGAAACAGUUC